AUGGUGGUUGAAAGCUCGGCAUACCUCCUGGUGGGCACGGGCAUGGUUUUGGCCAUCGUCCACAUCUUGAGCAACAUCUUUGCGACGGGCGUAAGAGAAAUUCGUGGGCCGUUUGCAGCGAGGGUAUCCAACCUGUACAGGCUGUGGAAUGUAUCUCGGGGCAAAAAUCACAUGGACCUCAUCGCACUUCACGAGCGGUUUGGAGACGACGUGCGAAUAGGUCCUCGCGUCGUCAGCAUUCGAAACCUGAAGGAUGUGAACAAGAUUUACAACGUCAAGGAACCCUACGCAAAGAGCGAGUUUUACGUCGUGCAACAGCAACUGGUCAACGGAAGAGCCGCGCCGACCUUGUUCACAACCAUCAACGAGAGGUUUCAUGCUGCAAUCAAACGCCCAAUUUCAAACGCUUAUUCCAUGUCAACACUGACGGAUUACGAACCUUUGGUGGACCAGGCAAUCUUGUCAUUGUUUGAAGAGCUUGAUCGACGAUACUUGGCCCCUUCCGUCUCAUGCCCUCUUUUUGACUGGCUUCAGUACUACGCCUUUGAUGUCAUUGGAGAAUUGACAUGCAGUGAGCCAUUUGGCUUUCUACAAGCAGGCCGGGACAUCGAUGGCAUAAUCGCACGGCUCAAUUCAUCCAUGGAUUACAACGCCGUCAUCGGUCAGGUGCCCACGCUGGAUUAUCUUCUCAAGAAGAACCCUAUUGUCGCGAGACUUACCAGCCGGACCGGACCGGUAGCAAAAUUCGCACACGACAGGCUCGCCAAGCGGCUGAUCGACGAGGAGCGAAGACAUCAAGCCAACGAGAAGAACGAGAGCCGCCAGAAGCUCGAUUUUGUCGAUAAAUUCUUAGUCAAACAGGGUAUAAGGUUCUUUUGUUCCUUAAGGCAUAGAACUCCUCCCGACUUAAGAAAAUUUCAUCUCAGAUCAUCCUCCACAGCAUAG